GAGCACACCAUGGGGGUUUUAUGAUGGGGUCGCUUCUACAAAACUGUGUUUCACAGACAAAGGAGUGAAGAUCUGCUCGGGGACACCGGCCUUGCACGUCUUCCCUUCUAGAAGAUGCAUGCUAAAAUGAAGAUGAAAAAAGAUGAAUAAAGGUUUUGUGAAAUAACUACUGAGGUCUGGUGCCGUCUCUGGAUGCCCGAGGAAUAAAAAGAACCGGGGUGAAACUGAUUUCUCAACACUCCACAGACCCCCCUCCUUUUUUCCAACCGUAUACCUAUUCUCUCUCACAUGUUUGGGUUAAUAAUUAGGCCUACAUAGCUGCUGGUUGCAGCUUAAAGAUUCAUCUUAAAGAUCCUAAAUUUGUCAUUGAUUUAAACUUUGGGGUUUGCAGAACACACGUGCAGAAAAUUACAGAGUAAACAGUGAAAACCACAAACUUAAGUCACAAGAUGCUGGAAUUCCAUUUUUUAUUUGAGCAGAAACUUUCAAGGGUCUGUGCCCAGUUGAUGAUCAAACAGUCCAGCAGGUGGCGAUAAUGCACCAGCGUUAUCCGCCAAAAAGAAAAAAGAAGAAGAAGAAGCAGAGUUCCCGCUUGAUUGCGUUUGCUUCUCAGUUUUUCGCUUUCUCAUCCAAAGCUGAUCAGCUGGAGGAGAAGAGUCUGACGGAGCAGCAGAGGAACAUUUCCAGCUACUUGGAAUCAAGUGCGUUUGUGCUCGCUGAAAAAGCCUGGGCGGGAUCUAACCUACUGUACAAGUGGCAGAAAAGCUUUGGCAGAUAUAUUGCUGUUGCAGGACAGGACAACACAGUGAAAAUAUUUGAUCGACGUGGACACAAGUGGACUGAAAUCAACCUUCCAGGGCGCUGUGUGGGGAUGGACUGGGAUAAGGAUGGGGACAUUCUGGCAGUGAUAGCUGCAAAAUCCAGCUCCAUCUUUCUCUGGGAUGCCAGCGUCAGUAAAACAUCCCAGAUAGACAGCGGUAUGAGAGAUCAGAUGUCUUUCGUCUUGUGGUCAAAGACUAGCCCGCUGUUGGCAGUCGGAACAGUCAAAGGAAACCUGUUGAUCUACAAUCAGCAGACCUCACGCAAGAUCCCUGUGCUGGGCAAACAUAGCAAGAAGAUUACGUGUGGCUGUUGGAGCUCCCAGAAUCUGCUGGCUCUGGGGAGUGACGACAACACACUGAGCAUCAGCAAUCAUGAGGGAGACACCAUCAGACAGACAACGGUUCGGGGUAAGCCUGCUGAAAUGUACUUCUCGGUGAUGAAGACAGAUGAAAGCUCAGCUCAAGGAGAGAGCACAGUGAGUGUUUCUGUGGACAAGAAGAUACUGAUGCUUUUCAACAUCAACGACCCGGGAAACCAAAUAGAGCUAGCUUUCGAGCGCCACUAUGGAAACAUUGUGUCCUACCGCUGGUAUGGUGAUGGGUAUAUACUCAUUGGUUUCUCCCAUGGAUACUUUGUGGUCAUCUCCACACACAUCAGGGAGAUGGGAUAUGAGCUCUAUCGGGCUCACAACCAUAAAGACUGUCUCAACAGCAUAGCCAUCUCCACAGCAGUGAACAAGUGUGCGUCUUGUGGGGACAACAGCAUAAUAAUCCACGAGCUGUCAGAUCGUAAAGAUAUCAGCAGAAUAAUUCAGCUGCAUGAUGAGAAUAAAGGUCUGGAUCAGCUGAGCUGGACAGAUGACGGCCAGCUGUUGGCACUUUCCACACAGAGAGGGACGCUCCAUGUCUUCCUGACAAAGCUGCCCAUUCUUGGCGACAGCUAUGGCACCCGGCUGGCCUACCUCACCUCCUUGCUGGAGGUCACUGUCUGCAACCAGGUGGACGAAGAGAGUCCAGUAACGAUAGAAGUGGAAGUAGAGCCCACAUUCAUUGCAGUGGGACCAUGCCAUGUGGCUGUGGGGAUGAACAACAGAGCCUGGUUUUACGCACUGGCAGAUCAGGAACCAGGUUUUAAUAAGCUGAAGGACAUCGAGUAUUUGGGGACAAUAGCCAGCAUGUGUCUUAACUCUGACUAUGCAGCAGCGCUGUUUGAGGGGAAAGUCCAGCUCCAUGUGAUUGAAGGCAAAGAUCAGGACGAGAAGAAGCAGAUGAAGCUUUUUCCAGGCGAUGACAGAAAAGGCCGCAUCCUUUGCCACGCCCUCACUGCCAAUAUCCUCUACUAUGGCACUGAUUCUGGAAGUGUGGUGUCUGUCCCGGUGGAGGACUGUGAGGCAUUGAGCAGUUACAGCCAUUCAGUUGGUGUGAGGAAAGUGUUCCCUGACGUUAUUGGCACUCGAGUUGUGUUCAUCGAUAACCAAAACAGCGGCUUCCUGCUCUCCCCUGCAAACGCAACAGAGUCCUGCUUUGAGCUCCCCAACUUUUCACCCACCAUCACAGGAGUGCUCUGGGACAACUGGCAUGCAGGCAGAGGGGUGUUUGUAGCCUAUGAUGAUGACCAAGUCUACACCUAUGCCCUGCAUGAAACCACCAUCUAUGGCCCACAGGUGGUGUUAGUAGGGAGCACCGCGCUCCCCUUUUCCCAGAAGCCUCUGCUCUUUGACAACGGUGAGCUGACCUGUCAAACGGCAAGCGGUAGAAUCAGCAAAGUGGAGUUGAGCACACACUCAUUCCUGAAGCACACGGCGACAAACUCCUCGACAGAGCUCAGCAGGCAGCUCGCCCAGGCUGUCAUGCUCAAAAGGUUCAACGAAGCCUUGGCUCUGUGCAAGUCUGCAGGCACUAAUGCAGACUGGGCAGAGUUGGGCAAAGCCUGCUUGGUCCACAUGGAGGUUGAGCUGGCCAUCCAGGUGUACCGCAUGAGUGGCAAUGUCGGCAUGGUGCGGUCUCUGCAGAGAAUCCAGGGUACAGAGGAAAUGAAUUUACUGGCAGGACAUUUGGCCAUGUUUCUGGAGGACUACGACCGGGCCCAAGACCUUUAUCUGUCCUCAAGUUCCCCAGUCGCUGCUCUGGAGUUCCAGGAGCACGAUGAGGCGUGCCAGGCAGGUAUGGCCAGGAUGUAUGUCAGGAGAGGAGCCGCUCUGGCUAACCAGCACAGGAGCAGAUGUCUCAAGAAGGAAUGUGGGGCCAUACUGGAGAGCAUGAAGCAAUACUCUGAAGCUGCUCAGCACUAUGAAGAAGGACAGUAUUAUGACAAAGCAGUCUCUGCCUACAUUCGCUGCAAAAACUGGACAAAGGUGGAAGAGCUGCUUCCAAACAUCUCUUCUCCCGAGAUUCACUUGCAGCAUGCAAAGGCCAAGGAGGCGGAGGGCAAAUACAAGGAUGCGGCACGAGCCUACGAGAGCGCGAAGGACUGGGACAGUGUGAUCCGCGUGCUGCUGGACCACCUGAACAAACCAGAAGAAGCUGUUCGCAUCGCCAGAGAGAUGCAGAGCAUCGGUGGAGCAAAGAUGGUUGCCAGGUUCUUUCUACAGUCUAACGACUAUGGCUCAGCCAUCCGCAUCCUGGUUUCGUCCGAUUGCCACGACGAAGCCUUCCAGCUGGCGCAGCAGCACGGAAAAAUGGAGGUCUACGCAGACAUCAUCGGCUCUGAGGCAACACAGGAGAACUAUCAGUGUAUCGCUCUCUACUUUGAGGGAGAAAAGAAACACCUGGAGGCUGGCAAGUUCUUUCAGAAGUGUGGACAGUACAGCAGAGCGCUGAAGAACUUCUUGUUGUGCCCUAACACCGAAGACAACCUGGCGAUCGAGAUGGCGAUUGAGACGGUUGGCCAGGCCAAGGACAGCUCUUUGACCAAUCAGCUGAUAAAAGGCCGCAUCCUUUGCCACGCCCUCACUGCCGAUUUCCUCCACUAUGGCACUGAUUCUGGAAGUGUGGUGUGUGUCCUGGUUGAGGACUGGGAGACCGUGAGCAGUUACAGCCAUUCAGUUGGUGUGAGGAAAGUGUUCCCUGACGUUAUUGGC